AUGUAAGGCAUUCUUUUGCUACAAUAACAAUUUCCAAAACAACUAUUCCUCAUUUUAUCAAAGGAAUUCGAUCCAUCUGACAAAUUAAAAUUAGAAUUGGAACAUGUCAUCGAUUCACUUUUUAUAACCAUCAAACAUUUUAUUAAUGAAAUCAUCAAUACAAUACCUAACUAUUCUGGCGAUUAUUCCAAGUAAUCACUUUUUGACCAAACCUUAGAUGUUCAAAAUGACUCAUGGAAAUAACGCUUCGAUGACCUCAAUACCGAGUUUCUCAUACUCAAGGCAUGUAAUUAACAAAUUGAAUUCCAGAAAUAGGAACUUUAGUAAAAGUUAAUCGAUUAACGGAUUAAAUAUGAAGACUUAAAUAGAUAAAAAAAAGAAGACAAAGAUAAUUAUAGAUAACAGUAUGAAACACUCAAAAAGAAAGCAUAAGACAAGAUUCAUAGAUUAAAAGAUAAAGUUGUCUUCUACCAAACUCAACUUUAAACUUAUGCCAUUGAAAGCGAACACCUAAGAAUCAUUGCCUAAGAAGAUAAACUAAAUCAGCCUGCUUCUGUCAAACUCAAAUUGUAAACCAUUCUCAAAGAGUUACAUGCACUUAGGCAAAUCUCUAAUAGUUUACUCCUAGAAAAUUCAAAAAUUAUCAUUCAAGCAAAAGAACAACUAUCAUUGUGUCUGAUCUAUAAGGAUAUCCAAGGAACCAUCGUCAAAAGAAACAAGACUCCUCCAGACACUACCAAAAUUAAACAAUAUUAUUCUCAAACUUAAUCCAUUCCCAAUAGUCCGGAUAGAAAAUUGAAAACUGAGAAACCUUCGCUAAUCAGAAUAGUUAAUCCCAAAAGAACUUCAGUAAGCAAAAACCUAUUGGCAGAAUUUGAUGUUUCUGCUCAAAUCACUAAAUUCAUUAAAUAAUAUUAUUAAACCGAUCAAUAAUUACGAAACAGCGCAGGAUUUCAAUAAAAAUUGAUAUGA